AUGGAUCCUAGUGAUGUCUUAAACACUGAAACAGGGACGUUAUUGCAAGAUGUGGAACAAUAUCGUUGGCUGGUUGGCAAGCUCAUGUAUCUUACAUUCACGAGGCCUGACAUUACUUUUGCGGUUCAUAAGUUGUGCCAAUUCACCUCUGCUCCACGACAACCUCACUUGAAUGCUGUCUAUAAGGUUCUCCACUACCUUAACGGCACAAUUGGUCAAGGUACGUUUUAUUCUGCAAAUUCUGAUCUCAAAUUAAAAGGGUUUGCGGAUGCAGAUUGGGGUCGGUGUAGUGAUUCAAGGCGCUCUGUUUUGGGAUUAUGUAUGUUUCUUGGACCAUCAUUGGUCUCUUGGAAGUCAAAGAAACAAGAUACUAUAUCCAUGUCCUCUGCAGAAUCUGAGUAUAGAGCUAUGGCCGUAGCAGUGAAAGAGAUUCUUUGGUUGAGAACACUUAUGCUUUAUUUGUGGGUUGAUUCUUCUGAAGCUUUUGCCCUUUAUUGUGAUAAUACAGCUGCUCUCCACAUUGCCAACAAUUCUGUAUUUCACGAACGCACCAAGCAUUUGGACAUGGACUGUCAUAUUGUUCGAGAGAAAGUUCAGUUGGGCAUCAUCAAGACAAUGCAUGUAGGGAUUGAACAUCAAUUGGCUGAUGUCUUAACUAAACCAUUAUUUUCUACCCAAUUCUUGAGACUAAUUCGCAAAAUGGGUGUUAUUAACAUAUACACUCCAUCUUGA